CUUUCAAAACUCACGCACCUUACUCAAUCGUGAUAAAGUGAACGCUUAUCACAUGCUAGUUUCGUAUUGAGCACUAGCUAGAAGUCUGAAGAUCCAGCGUUCGCUGUCUGUCCCUUCACUCUCUUGGCUGGAACCACGCGAGAAAUGCCUUCCCAUUGUGAUGGUAGAAGAUCAGCCAUUUUUAGGCAUUGGCCGCGCGAGCAACGACAUGUGGUGCAACGCCGACGAGUCGUAUAACUGUACGCACCAGCGUUGAAAGGGGGGAGGAGUUAUGGCGGAUUUGUUGAGAACCUUCCCUCAGGGGGGGAGACCAGAUUCGUCAGCAGAUGCCGCAUUAUUACCAACGCAACCUACCAUCAAUUCUACGGCAGAAUUUUCUGCGAAAGAAGCAGGAUCGUCUGCUGGCUCGAUCUCUACAAUCCCCUCCGCGCCAGAAUCAUGCAAAGUGGCAUCCACAGCAGCAUCAGAAUCGUUAGAAGUAUCGGCAUUAUCUAGGGCCGAGUUGGACCAUUCUCCCGCGCACGAAAUCCCACAGCCUCACAUCGCGCCGCAGGGAACCAGCACCGCCGUCGCUCCAGCCCCGGCGAUCCGACGGCCAGGAUACUUCGCUACAAGAUCAGAACUCGGUAUAAGCUCAGACCUCGGUAUAAUCUCGGAGUUAGGCCCAGACGGCUACAGUACUCUUUCAGCUGCGAAAUCCCCUCCAGGAUGGGCUGCAGGGAGCGGUGGAAACCCUAUCACCAGCAUGCAGGCAGCGCCUGGCAAAAACCCAUUCGGUACAGUCACAUCCGCAGGCGCUGCUGCAGCAGUGGCUGCGUUACAAGCACGCAGGCACUGGCUGGCCAGGCUGCAGGAAGGGUUACCCCAGGCGGCAAUAGUGGUGCUCCGAGUGCUGGUGCUGGUGGCUGCUGCGUGGAGUGCCUGUGCUGUAGUGUUCUUCUCCUUCGUUAUAAUGCCAUGGGUCAUGCUGCAUAUCACCAGUGGCUCCCACCCACAUUUCCGCGCCCUCCUUUUUAAUCACACCUCGGUAGAUUCAGCAUCUGCUACGAGAGGCCUAGGCGGAAUCGGAGGAGAGAAGGGAGGAGAUGGAGAGGGAGGGAUAUCCGUUAUAUGCGGCAGAAGACUGUCCCUUCAUUAGUAGAACAUUCAAUUGCCUGGAGAAUGGCCGGACGGACUUUGACUACCUCCACUUCGCAUGGCGGGAGAGCGAGUGCACCCAGCCAUUCAUCCGUUUCCGAGCAGAUCGGUUCUUUGAGGCCUUCCAGAACCGUCGGAUCGUGUUCGUGGGAGACUCUAUACUUCUGUCGAUGUUCCAGUCGCUCCUCUGCCUUCUCUCCGUGGGCCCCUCGCUCCCACCCAAUCACAGCCUGCCAACAGAGCGCCUCAACCGCACCUUCCCCUCCCUCCUGCAUCCUCCUUCGUCGCCUUCUUCCCAUCUCUCCUCCUCUUCCUCCUCCUUACCUUUAUCGUCUCCCCACUCCUCCGCUUCCCCCUCCUCCUCUACCACUUCUUCCACUCCUCCCUCUUCCUCCUCCUCCUCCUCGCCCUCUUCCUCCCUCGCAGACUCUAAGUUCCCCUCCCCCGCACCUUUGAUCUUCCAGUACACGUUCCCCCAUGCCAACACGAGCCUUGAUUUCUUCCAUUCUGACUUCCUGACCGUCCUUGAAGCCGCCCCUUCACACACGCCUGAUCCAGAUAUACCUGAUUCAUUAAUAUCAGAGUUUCAGUCCAAGAGCGCCAAUGACAGCAGUACGGACACCAGGAGCAUUGUCACUAAGUCUGGUAGCAACGCCAGCAUAGGCAGCGGCAGCAUAGGCAACGGCAGUAGUCUUUCCACGAGUAUUUCUGGAACCAGCCAGGAGCCAGGUUCCGAUGGGUCGGAUGCGGUAAAACCAGGUUCGGGCAGGUCCAGCUCUCUGCAGUCAGGCUCAGAGGGGUUGGGAAUGGUGAGAGUGGUGCGGUUGGAUGCAUGGGCGGCGUAUGUAGUGGCAGCACAGCCGCAUGUGCUGGUGAUACACACGGGAGGGGGGUGGGUGGGGCUGCAGCGGCGGUGGCUGGAGCCCAGGGUCCAUCCACAGACUUCUCAAAACAAGGUGAAUGUUGAAGGUGAAGCUGCUGAAAGCAUGGCACCCGUGGAAGCGCCUUCAGGUGGAGCAGGAGUUAAGGGAGUGAUGGAUGAGGGGACAUGGGGCGGUGGGAAAAGCAAAGGGAAUGAUGGGACGAAAGUGGGAGGUGAUAAAACUGGUGCGCGGAAAAGAGGAGCGACAGGAAGCCAGGCGGGCAGUGGGAUGAAGAAAGAAGGGGGAAAGGGUGAGACAAGGGGUGAUAAGGUGACGGAGCGAAGGGGAACUGUAGCGGCGGUUGGAAAGGCGGGUGAAGGAAUGGGGAAGAAUGGAGGAGGGCAGGUGGUUAACGCGUCCAAGGAGAACACGUGGAAAGGGCAGAAGAUGGUGGGCCAGGCGAAGGGAGGAGAGGCAGAAGGGAAGGCAAAUGGGGGGAAGGCGAAGGGGGGGAAGGCGAAAAGGGGGAAGGCGAAGGGGGGGAAGGCGAAAAGGGGGAAGGCGAAAGGGGCGAAGGUGAAAGGGGCGAAGGCGAAAGGGGCGAAGGCCGGGGGACAAGAGAAGAAGGACGAGAAGAAUCGGAGGGAGAAGUCAUCCGGUGGAGGGAGAAGAGGGGAGAAGGGAAGAGGAGGAAAGAAGCAAGGGGGAGAGGGAAAAAUGAAGCCAGGUGAAGGGAAAAGGGGAGGGGUUGAAGGAGGGGUUCAGGGAGGGGUUGAAGGCAGAGUGAAGGAGGGAUCUGGUGAUAGUAAUGGUGGAGACUCUAACACGCACAAGAGCAGUGAGUCUCAGCCCGAUUCGCUAGAAGGGGGUGAGACCUUGCGAUUGGGUGAUUUUGGCGACGAUGACAUUCUACAGAGUGACAGUAUCGGGAGUGGCAGUGUAGAGAGCGAUGGGGUGACAGCUGACGGUACGGCAAGCAGCGGCAUGGGCAGCAACAUUACUGAAUCUCAGAGCAAUAUUAGAGCGUCUCACUCGCUGACCGAUGGUGACUUGCAGACCCAAUUCAGCAGCAGCAGCAGCAGCAGCAGCAGCAGCAGCAGCAGCAGCAGCAGCAGCAGCAGCAGCAGCAGCAGCAGCAGCAGCAGCAGGAGCAGCAGCAGGAGCAACGAAGACAGAAGCCCUCACGUGUCAGGCAACGGUGACAGCACCAGCAACAAUGGGAUUACUAAUGGCAGGUUUAGUAACAGCAGUGUCCGUGGCGGCAGUAUCUGGAACACAGAUAGUUUUAGCAUCAAUCCUAUUAGCAUUGCCCGUAGGGGCAGCAGGGGCAGCGGCAAGGGGGGGAAGAGGAGAGGGAGAAGUGGGAGGAGGGGCAAGUGGAUGUGGCGACGGCUGCUGAGCCGUGGCGAAGGGCCAGUGGUUGUGGCUGAAGACACGGAGAGCAUGCUGAAAGAAGAGGUUGACGGUGCCUCGUUCCAUUCACAGGCGCCUCAGACUCUGAGGCGUUUGGAAUCGCCUCCAGAUCCAGGUGGUGUGAAGGCUCGUGAGAGCAUGGAUGGUGAGGGUGAGGGUAACGGUGGCCUUCUUGUGGGUGAGUUGGUGGGUGAGUCGGUCGGUGAGUUGGUGGGUGAGUCUAUGUUACGGGGUGGUGAGUUGAGAAGCGAGGAGGGGCAGGAGGAGGAGGAGCAGGGCAGUGGCCUUGUGGCGAAUGAUGAUGGCGUCUUUGGUGAGGCUAUUGGUGCAGCCAAUGCGUCGCUCACCCAGGAUGGGAUUUCUGAGGAGGAUGGCACUGCAGGUGUGAAAGAGGUUGGUUUGGGGGAGGAGGAGCAGAAGGAGCAGGACUGGGGUAGUGACCUUGUGGCGAAUGAUAGUGACGGUGCCUUUGGCGAGGCUAUCCGUGCAGCCAAUGCGUCACUUACUCAAGAUGGCAGUUUUGAGGAGGAAGGCACUGCGGCUGCGAAAAAGGAUGGACUGUGGGAGCAGGAGGAGCAGCGGGGCAGUGUCCUUGUGUUGAAUGAUGGUGACAGUGUGUUUGGCGAGGCUACACGGGGAGCGAAUGCAUCGCUUGACCAAGAUAGCAUGUUUGAAGAAUAUAGCCUUGCAGCUGUGAAAGCGGAUGAACUGCCAGAGGAGGAAACCCUACUUCAAGCUGAUGCUGGUAGAGAGAACAAGGAGGAUGCUAAUAAAGAGGAUGCUAACAAGGAGGAUGAUUUACUGGACCAGGCUAGUGUGCUUUCACCUGAUCUGCUUGACACGAAUGAGUUUCUUGACCCCGUGUCAGCAUUCACCAAGACCCUUCAAAUGCUCCACCACUUCCUCUCCACCCAACCCACCGCCGAAUCCAUCCCGACUUUUUUCCUUGGGCUUCCCCGAGAACAUUAUUUUCGGGCAGCCCAGGACAACAGCAGCUCGCUAUGUCCGCCCGACGACUCCACAUGUCUAGAAUCAGGGCGGUGCAGUGAGUUUUCGAGACCUAGGGAGUGGUUGGAGGAGGGGGGCGAGGAGCAGGCGCAUCAGCAGCGGUGGCAGCGGUGGCGGUGGCGACAAGAGAGGGAGAGGAGGGAGAGGAAGAAAGAGUGGGUGCAGUCAAGUGUGGGGCAGAUAGAGGGGGUGGUUGAGAGGGAGAUAGGGAGGGGGAACAGGGUUGUGCUGCUACGAGCAGGAGGGGUCACUGAUGCUCGUGCUGAUGCCCAUAUUGGCGCUUCCCUCCCUACUGAACUGCUUACAGAGAAUAGGGCAGGAGGGGACACUGGGAGUGGUUACUCUGAUACCAAGAGGGAGGUGAGGGAAGACUGCAGUCACUUCUGUGUGCCUGGGGUGCCGGAUACGUGGAAUGAGAUGCUCCUCGCUGCCCUAAGGCUACAAGGGAUGAUGGCAUGACAAAGAAAUUGUACCUGCUAGAGGAAAUGCCUAACAAUGUUGCCUUAACCCGGUUUUGUCCAAAUGCCGAAGCAAUAACAGGCUUGACAAAUU